CCAUCGGCCAGCCGGCGCCGCAAACUCUGCUUUCCGUCGGCGAGCGACGCGGCGGCGACUCCGUACGGUCGCCCGCCGGCGCAAGCCCAAGCGGCUUCCCCGCGGCGGCCGCCCGCCGGUGCAAGCCCAGGCAAUCUCAGGUCCGCGGGCGGCCGCGGCGUGUGAAGCAGAAGCAGCGGCGACUCCGUGCGGCCGCCGGUGCAAGCCCAGGCUCGUCAUGUCGUCCUUCACCGGCGUGUCCAUCAUCGACGGCGAGCAGUGCUGUUGCGAGGCGUCGGCCGUGGUGGAUGCCGGCGGCGCGGACAGCGGGUACCACCUGCUCGUGGUCCGGGGAUACUCGCGUACCAAACAAGAGUUGUCCGCCGGCGAGAGCAUCACCUCCGAUGUUUUCACCAUAGGAGGCCAUUGCUGGUACAUCGAGUACUACCCCAACGGCGAAAACCCGGACUGCGGCGACUUCAUUUCUCUCUUUGUUACCAAUUACGACAACAGUCUCAAAGAGCCCCUGGAGACUAAGUUUUGUUUCAGCUUCGUUGACGAGGUUGAGAAGCAGACGCCAAUGUACAUUCGUGCGGCUGGUAAGACUUACAGAUUCACCGACGGCCAUUGUUCCUGGGGCACCGACAAGUUUGUGAGAAGAGAUGCCCUUGAGCGAUCAUCGGACCUAAAGGGUGAUUGCUUCACCAUCCGGUGUGAUGUCAUGGUCAUUCGCAAGGACCCCAAAGCCGAGGAUGCCGGUGGCCAUGACACCAAGGUGCUCCUGUCUGACAUAGACCAGCAUUUUAACACUCUCCUUCAAACCAAGGUGGGUGCUGAUGUGACAUUCGAGGUCAGCGGCGAGACCUUCGCCGCACACCGGUGUGUGCUCGCUGCCCGAUCCAUGGUGUUCAUGGCACAACUAUUUGGCCCCAUGAAGGAGACGUCCCCCGUCAUACAGAUCAAAGACAUGGAAGCAAAAGUGUUCAAGGCACUGCUUAGCUUUAUCUACACAGACUCAUUCCCUGUGAUGGAGAAGGACAGCAUGGAGGAGGAUGCAAUGGUAGAAGUUAUGGAAGAUGGGCAAGAAAAGGAGGCAGCAGAGGAUGAAAUGUUGCUGCAAUGGCUUCAAGACUUGUUGGUAGCGGCUGACAGAUAUGAUGUCCCGCUCAAGUGCAUCUGUGAGAAGCAGUUGUCUGAGAACAUAGGUGUGAGCACGGUGAUGUCUGCUCUUGCUCUAGCCGAGCAGCACCACUGCAAGGGAUUAAAGGAGGCGUGCUUGAAGUUUAUCCAAGUCCAGUCCCCCUCGUGCUUGCAAACAGUAAUGGCAACGAAUGGCUGGGAUCAUGUAGUUUUGACCUAUCCCUCGGUUUUGAAGGAGCUCUUUCUCAAGUUUGCUUCGAACCAGCGAAAGUAACACCCUGCAUACGGUACGUUAUGCAUGUUCCUUAGUUAGACCUGAAUUGACACUCUUUUGUAUAUAUGUGGAUCCUCUAGAGAGAUGGUAAUCUGUGUGUAUUGCUUUUGUCUCAUCAUGUAUAUAAUUUGCCCAUGUGCUGAAUCAGGGAAAUCCUAAAAUAUGGCAAAUUGUCUUUUCAUGAAAUGGAUGGUUUGUAAAUUCA